CAUUUUGAGCAACCGUAUACCACGCAUAAAAUCCAUGCAGCAAAUUAAACUUGCUUGUGUACUGGGUUUACAAAUCGCAGAAGAAAUGUCCACGCAUAGGAGGCGGUGUUUGAUCUUUAUUACCUUGGCUGCAUUUAGCUUAUUUUCGAUGAUAACAGUCCACCGUUCCAAGGCGACAAUCAGGAAGAACAAAUAUGUUUUUAGCAAAAAGACAGAAGAAAUAACCUCCAUAUCUUCGAGAGUAUGCCAAAUAAACCACGAACAUUUAGAAAAUUUAUACAAAGUGCGUUUGGAACCUUUGCCAACCCAAGAUAGAACAAAACUAUUUAAAGAGGUCGCCACUGGAGGUCAGUGGGCACCUACGUCAUGCAAGCCUAGGGAUCACGUGGCCAUCAUCAUUCCUUACCGUGACAGACAAGAACACCUGGAUAUUCUCCUCCAAAAUCUACACCCUUUUCUACAAAGCCAGAAGUGUCACUACCAGAUAUUCGUCAUUGAACAGGCGCUUCCAGAGCCUUACAACCUAGGGUACACCAGAAAUGUUGGCUUCGUCGAGGCCAGUGCCGUGUUUAAUUUCACCUGCUACAUAUUUCAAGACGUGGAUAAAAUCCCUGUGAACAAUUCACUUCUCUAUAGAUGUGAGCCUGACAGGGUGCUUCACUUUUCCUCCGCUGAGGAUAGGUAUCAAUGCAGGUCUGUAUUAAGAAUGCGUCACGCGGGCUGA